UUGUCAAAGUUUUUUGUUUCUUACUUUGACUUUGAAUUUGGUAAGUUCAAAAUAAUUACUGAAAGUUUCAUUUUUUCUUUGGACAAAAUUCUUCAUGAAAUACUAAUAAUUUAUUUUGAAAAUCCAUUAAAGGCUUGGGAAAACGUGAAAUUACAACUAGACGAUACAGUGCUGUUCAAAAUUCUCAAUCAACACAGCUUUGUAUUCGGAAAUUUGAAGACGAAUUCAGACGUAUUUAUUGGUGGCAUACCAAAAGAUAUUCACUUGCUUGGAGUAAUGAGUUCACCUUUGAAACGCUACACGACAACGUUUGCAGGAGGUGUAAAAAACAUAUUGUACAGAUUAGAUCCACAAGGAUUUACCUCACCUCAAUUAAUACAAAGUGUUGGUAUGAGACAGUCUGAUGACGAUUACUGUAGCAUGCAAAACCUUGCCGAAAAGAAGGAUUCAUUUUGUCAAAAUGGUGGCAUUUGCUAUAAUACCAAUGAAGGUCCCAAAUGUGAUUGCUCAUUCACCGAUUUUCAUGGAAGACAUUGUGAUAAAGCUCGAUUGGAUUCUGAAUUAUCUUUUUAUGGUCAAGAAUGGAUCGGUUAUGAUAUUAGUAAUUAUUCAGCGGCAGUUAUACGAAUCAGAUCAGAAAAUAUUGUGCUAUCGUUUAAAACAAUAGAUGGGCACGCUUCACUGUAUGUCGGAGGUGAUCGCCAGGUAUGUUGUAUCCACAAUUGCUUGAUCUAG